CGAGAGAGAGAGAAAGAGAGAGAGAGAGAGAGAGAGAGAGAGAGACGGCCCCUGACUGACCAUCGACCACCCGGACGCAGGGGCUGAGAGUAGAGGGAGAGAUUGGGAGAGGGAGAGGGGGAGUGUGUGUGUGCGUGUGUGUGUGCGCGCGCCGCCACUGGUCGCCCCCAGUGCUCUUCAGUGUGUACUCCACCGUCUUAACGUAGACUAAACGUCACGUCCGCACUUGAACUUGUGUUUUUGUCUCCAGGAGCCAGAAAGGCAGUGACAGAGAGUGUUCCCGCUCAGGAGAGCAGCCGUGCACAGAGCUGCAGCUGAGGGAUGCACGCUGAAGUCAGGGUGCCAGUGUGUUCUCAAACCAUCCCUGACUGCCAUGACUGUCCAUGUCUCAUCCUGAAGCCUGGCUCAAGGGCACUACACCUGUAGCAGAACAAGUGGCCACUGCUCGGGACACCCCGUCAUUUGUAAUUGUUUCCAGAGGUGACACUGGACACAUACACUGACCUUUGGUCAGGAGCUGACCGCCGAACUACUGAGCACCACCGAGACUUGGGCUCUUCCUCCCCGGUGUUUCCCCCUCUCCUCGUCUCGGUACAGGUGGCCGCACAGUAACCGAAGCACAGAAAGAACUCUCAGCGAGCAAGAAAGGCGCACGACUAUUUUGGCACAGCGGCGGGGAGACUGUGGAUCUGACCGCCAGGCGCUCGGGAGCCGUCGCCCACCCGAGACUAAACAGUGGCGGACAGAGGUGUCUUCCAGUACUGUACGUCGGGGACGGACUGUCGUAUUAGUGGAGGGCAGCCGCCGCAGGGAAGGGGCAUUAGGAAGAGAAGACCAUCCCAGCGCGAUACCGAUGUAAAUGUCGGUGCGAUGUCCCGACGCAAGCAGGGAAACCCACAGCACCUGUCUCAGAGAGAAAUAACACCUGAGGGUGGACACCCAGAUGUGAGCUUUUUCGCCGACUCCUUAAUGCCACAUCAACUUUGUCUACCUCCUCACGCUUUGGAGUCCAACCUGGCCAAUGUCCUGCCACCCAGCCUGCACACUGACCAUGACAUGCUGACUUGUGGCCAGUGCCAAAUGACGCUUCCACUGGGCGACAUUCUUCUUUUCAUUGAGCACAAGAAGAUGAAAUGCCAGACGAUGCUGCUAGCCAAUGGCUGCCAUGACAAGAUCAGCGACCGAGGAGGAGAGAGUCCAGCCCAACAGGGGGUCCUUCACCUCAACCAGGGCGGAGAACAGAAACAGGUAGUGGAGCCAGUAGAAAUCGGCAUUCAGGUGACGCCAGAGGAAGAGGAGCAGUUGGUUGAGGAAGGAAGAAGAGGAGAAAAAGUUGAAAAGAGGAUGAAGACACCCAGCAACGGAAUUUGUCUCAAGCAGGAAAAUACCCUGGCAGGUGGCAGGAGUGAGCCUUCAAGUUAUAUAUGUACCACAUGUAAGCAGCCCUUCCCAAGUGCAUGGUUCCUACUGCAGCAUGCCCAGAACACCCAUCGCAUUCGUAUUUAUCUGGAAUCAAACCCCACCAGUGCAGUCCUCACCCCACGCAUUACGAUGCCCCCAUCUAUGGGCAGUGACUCGAUUUCACACUCCCCCCUUACCAAUUUCUUUGGGAACAGCAGUCCAUUUCACCUCCUGAGGAUGACAGGUCCCCUGCUACGAGAACCUCCUCUUCCAGGCUUCGUGGAUAAUCGCUUUCCUAACACACCGCCAUUUGUCAGCCCUCCUACGCAGCACCAACUGGACACUCAUCGGUUGAAGCAUCUAAGUGCAGAGGAAAUGGGACUCACCUCCCAGCACCCUAGUGCCUUUGAAAGGGUUAUGCGGCUAACACCUACAGCCAUGGAGUCCCAGUCCAUGGAUUUCUCCAGGCGGUUACGGGAACUGGCAGGUACCACUAACAGCACCACCCCACCUGUGUCACCCAGCAGAGCAAACCCUAUACACCGACUUCUGAACACCAAUCCUUUCCAUACUGGAUCAAAAUCUCCUUUUCUAAGCACACCGCCCCUACUACAGAUGCCCCAAAAUAACACCACCCCUCCACAUACACAGAGCAAGGUCAAGUCGUGUGAGUUCUGCGGUAAGAUCUUCAAAUUCCAGAGCAACUUGGUGGUACAUCGGCGAAGUCACACUGGUGAAAAGCCUUACAAGUGCCAUCUGUGUGACCACGCCUGUUCUCAGGCAAGUAAGCUGAAGCGCCAUAUGAAGACACAUAUACACAAGCCUGGUUCCCUAACAGAACGCUCAGACGAUGGACUGUCCACCACCAGCUCCCCAGAGCCAGAAAACAGGGAUGUCACAAGUGUGGGCUUACAGAGCCAGAAUGGGAACUUCCACGGACAAGGUAAUGAUGAAGAAGAAGAGGAGGAAGAAGAAGAACUUGAGAAUGACAGUCGGCCAGAAUCCAACUUUAGCAUGGAUUCUGUGUUAUACCGAAACAGGGAAAAUGGGUCAAAACCAACGUCAGAAGAGAAAUCAUUACAUAGCAAAAUGGUAGAAGGUGGGGUGUUCAACACACUACAUCAGUAUGACAAUUUGAUAUUUGACAAUCAUAACAGGUUUCCCAUCUCCAAGCGGGGGUCAAACACACAAGAUAUUAAGAAUGAGGACCCUUUGGUUGAUGAAAUGGACAACCAGAAGCAGGGUGAGAGGGCAACUCUAAAUGGUCGAAACUGUGGCACCGACGUCUCUUUUACAGGCCUGUUUGCUCGUAAGCCUACACCGAUCACCAGCCCCAGUCUGUCAAUUUCUUCGAAUAAAAGAAUCAAAACGGAGAAAGAGUUAGACAUUCCCCCAGCACCGCACAUUCCCUCUGAAAACGUCUACUCUCAGUGGCUGGUAGGCUACGCUGCUUCCCGCCACUUCUUCAAAGACCCGUUUCUUGGUUUCACUGACUUGAGACAAUCUCCGUUUGCCACCUCUUCAGAGCAUUCAUCAGAGAAUGGCAGUCUGAGGUUUUCUACCCCACCUGGCGACCUGCCGGAUGGCGGCCUGUCAGGUCUCAAUGGCACCGGCAGUGAGCGUAGCACGCCUCAUCUGGGUGGGGGCCCUGGCUCUUGCAGACCGAGCUCCAAGGACAGUAAAAGAUGUGACACCUGUGAGUUUUGCGGCAAAGUUUUUAAAAACUGUAGCAACUUGACCGUGCAUCGACGCAGCCACACUGGUGAGAGGCCCUACAAGUGUGAGCUAUGCAACUACGCCUGUGCUCAGAGUUCUAAGCUCACUCGCCACAUGAAGACGCACGGACAGCUUGGCAAGGAGGUCUACCGCUGUGACAUUUGCCAAAUGCCCUUCAGUGUGUACAGCACCCUAGAAAAACACAUGAAAAAGUGGCAUGGAGAACAUUUACUGACAAACGAGCCCCAAAUUGAACAGGGAGACAGGACCUAAUACACGUUCUGUGCCACACCUUGGGGUUGUUACUGUGUCUUUGCCUGAGAACUGCCAAAAGAGAAAAAAGUAAAAGAAGAGUUCUCUUCUGUCUUCAUGAACCCAAGCUGUCAAAACAGAUUCAUUUAGCAUUUCUUUUAAAAAAAAUAUCAGUUAAGGUAUAAAUAACAUGUGUGGCGCCUUUAACAGUGCAAUAAGUUUUGUAUUUAUUGAAUUUUAUAUUUUGGCAUGUGCGGGUACCCUUCUUUUCCCGUUUAAAAAUUGUUUUGUGUUGACUUUGUUAUACACUGUUACCAUCAUGAUAUCCAAAGAGUUAGAAAAUGUCAAACCUUCAGCCAGUUUUUGGCUGUUACAUGUAGGGAAUUUUAUAUCAGGCUAAACCUGUGAUCUGUUGAAGAGCAGCUGUGUUUAAUAUUCAAACGACAAUGUGUGAUCAUUGAGAAUGCUAAGUGUGUAAUAGUAAUGAUAUCAAGCGGACAACAAUCCUUUGACAUAGAAUCAUCAACUGACUCUUAAAAACAUGUUCAUGUUAAGUGUGUAUCGCUGGUGUGUGUCUUUUUAAAUAAUAUAAGAGAAGAAAUCAUGUAAAAUCAAAUGGAAAUCAUUGACUCCAGAAGAUGAAUUCCCCAGAAGGCAGCUGCUGAUGUACUUUAGUAUAUACCACACAUACUGUACUGUAGUACCAACUAGGGAUGGCUAGAUCUGAUACUCGGGAUAGGUAUCGGUCUGAUAAAAAAAAAAAAAAAAAAUCAAGGUCAGAAAAACAACUAUAACUGCUCUGAUCCAACACCUAAGUCCAAAGGCCCGACUUAACUUUGCGCUAUAUGUCGUAAAACAAAAAGAAUCUGCAGAUACUCUGCAGUACGAGAAUCAGACGUGACAACUCUUUUCAGUUCUCUGAACCCCCAAACCUACUACCGUUUUAGUCACAACAAAAAUAUUUACAUAAAGCCAUAUGAUAUUUUUAAAGUGAACACAGAGCCAUCCAUAACAUACAAACACAAAACAGAAGCCACGACAGUUAGGGCAGAGACAUCUCAGGGUAAGCAACUCAACCACCGACAUGGUUUGUAUUUCCA